AUGGCUGGUGACUCUAGGAAUGCUAUGAACCAAGACAUGGAGAUUGGAGUGACCCCCCGGGACCCCAAGAAAAUUCCCAAACAAGCUCGGGAUUACAUCCCUGUGGCCACGGACCGCACCCGGCUGCUGGCCGAGGGGAAGAAGCCGCGCCAGCGCUACAUGGAGAAGAGCGGCAAGUGCAACGUGCACCACGGCAACGUGCAGGAGACCUACCGCUACCUGAGCGACCUCUUCACCACGCUGGUGGACCUCAAGUGGCGCUUCAGCGUGCUGGUCUUCACCAUGGUCUACACCGUCACGUGGCUGUUCUUCGGCUUCAUCUGGUGGCUCAUCGCUUACAUCCGGGGCGACCUGGACCACGUGGGCGACCAGGAGUGGAUCCCCUGUGUUGAAAACCUCAGCGGCUUUGUGUCUGCCUUCCUGUUCUCCAUCGAGACGGAAACAACCAUCGGGUACGGCUUCCGAGUCAUCACGGAGAAGUGUCCCGAGGGGAUCAUCCUCCUCCUGGUGCAGGCCAUCCUGGGCUCCAUCGUCAACGCCUUCAUGGUAGGCUGCAUGUUUGUCAAGAUCAGCCAGCCUAAGAAGAGAGCCGAGACGCUCAUGUUCUCCAACAACGCCGUCAUCUCCAUGCGGGACGAGAAGCUGUGCCUCAUGUUCCGUGUGGGUGACCUCCGCAACUCGCACAUCGUGGAGGCCUCCAUCCGGGCCAAGCUCAUCAAGUCCCGGCAGACCAAAGAAGGGGAGUUCAUCCCCCUGAACCAGACGGACAUUAACGUGGGCUUCGACACUGGUGAUGACCGUCUCUUCCUAGUGUCUCCCCUCAUCAUCUCGCAUGAGAUCAACGAGAAGAGCCCUUUCUGGGAGAUGUCUCGAGCUCAGCUGGAACAGGAGGAGUUUGAAGUCGUGGUCAUCUUAGAAGGCAUGGUAGAAGCAACAGGCAUGACCUGCCAAGCUCGAAGCUCUUACAUGGAUACAGAGGUGCUCUGGGGCCACCGAUUCACACCAGUCCUCACCUUGGAAAAGGGCUUCUAUGAGGUCGAUUAUAACACUUUUCAUGAUACAUAUGAGACCAACACACCCAGCUGCUGUGCCAAGGAGUUGGCAGAAAUGAAGCAAGAUGGUCAGCUCCUCCAGUACCUCCCCAGCCCUCCUUUGCUGGGAGGCUGUGUGGAGGCUAAGCAAGAAGAUGAUGAUGAGCCCAAUUGUCUCAGUGUGUCCCAGGAGACCAGGGACUCAAUGUGAGGUCUAUUCUCUGCCCAUAACCUUCCCUUGUCAAAUUUCCUGAGAGACAAUGUGGGGCUUGGGGUAUAAGGAUGUAUAAUUAACUGAGAAAGCUUUUAGGUGGCCCAGAAGCAUGGAAGUUCUAUGAGGAGGAAUAAUAUUGAGUCCUCGUAUCUCUUCCUCAGUGUUCUAAGAAAUUGGCUUUCCCAGGGACCCCAGGCAAUCUCAGUUUCUGAGAGUGUGACUGCUGGCUAAGGGCCAGGCCAGGGUAGGUUUCCAGGAUGACAUCUUUCCUUUUUUUAACCACUUGUCCCCGAUCACUUUCCUAUCUGGGUUUCAAGGGCCCAACCCUUAUUCUUACCAUGGUAGCCUGUGGAUUCCAGGAGCGGCUAUUCUACCCUAUCCAUGGUUAGGCCUCCAGCUGGGCAUGAGUUCACACAGGCCUCCUACGCUAAGAUCUGUCAAGUGAUGAGCAAUAUCUGUCAG